UUUUAGUAUAAAAACUCCCCCUCUUGUGUGUGUUCCCACAUCCUCUGUGCAUGUGUGUGUAUGUGUGUGUGUGCGUGUGUGUGUGUGUAAGGUUAAAAGACUAAAGGUGUGUGUGUCUGUGGCCUUUUAUUGGAGGACUGAUUAUUCCUUAGGAUGGAUCAGCUGCUGGUAGUGACUUUUGUGGCGGUGGUGCUUUGUUUUGUGGGGAAUGUGGAUUCUUCAGCUUAUGACAAGAUAGUUUCUCACAGCCGCAUUCGAGCCAAGAAAGAAGGACCCAAUGUGUGUGCCCUGCAGCAGGUCCAGGGAACCAAGAAGAAGUACUUCAGCACAUGCAGGAACUGGUACAAAAAAUCCAUCUGUGGCAAGCAAGCUCUAGUCGUAUAUGAAUGUUGUCCGGGGUACAUGAAGCUGGAGGGUAUGAGAGGAUGCCCUGCUGUGGCUCCCAUCGACCAUGUUUAUGGAACGCUGGGGGUUCUGAAGGCUACGACCACACAGACAUACUCCGACAUGUCAAAACUGAGAGCGGAAAUAGAAGGAGAAGGCUCCUUCACCUUGUUUGCACCAAGUAAUGAUGCAUGGGAAGAGUUGGAUCCAACUCUACGAUCUGGACUCGAGAGCAACGUAAACAUUGAGCUGAAAAACUCGCUUCACUACCACAUGGUGAACCACCGUCUGAUGACUAAAGACAUGAAGAAUGACAUGACGGUCACUUCCAUGUACAACAACCUUGGGAUUUACAUCAACCAUUAUCCAAAUGGGGUCUUGACAGUGAAUUGUGCCAGGCUCAUCCAUGCUAACCAGGUGGCCACAAAUGGGGUGGUACACGUCAUAGAUAGAGUGAUCAGCUCUGUGGGCAACACCAUCAGGGACUUCCUGGAAAAUACAGACGAUCUUUCGUCAUUUGCUGAUGCAGCAUUAGCCGCAGAAGUGAUGGACAAGCUGGGUAAACCUGGUCACUAUACUUUGUUUGCUCCGACUAACAGCGCCUUUGAUAAACUGAAACCAGGAUUCAUGGAGAGCAUCACAGAAAACCAGGAAGUCAUUAAAGCUCUGGUGAACAACCACCUGCUGAACAGUGUCCAGUGUGCUGAAGCAAUCAUGGCAGGAACAGUGUAUGAGACUGCCGAGGGCAGCACCAUAGAGAUAGGCUGUGACGGUGACAGUUUAACUGUCAACGGCAUCAAGAUGGUGCUGAAGAAGGACAUUGUGACCUCCAAUGGUGUCGUUCACCUAAUUGACCGAGUGAUCAUGCCUGACUCAGCCAAGGAAGUGUGGGAACUGAUGGAUGAUUCACAAAGCACUUUCAGUGACUUGGUGUCAGAAAUGGGUUUAUCUGCUAGCUUGGGUUCAAAGACUGAGUACACCCUCCUGGCUCCUCUAAACGCUGCCUUCACAGAGGAGGUGAUGUCACAAGAUGAGACUCUGCUGAAACUCAUUCUGGAAAACCACAUGUUGAAGACGAAAAUCACUCUGAACGAGCUUUACAGUGGACAGAUGCUGGAAACACUCUCUGGCAAAAUGCUGAGAGUCUUCAUCUAUCGCACCGCCGUGUGCAUAGAAAAUGCAUGCAUGGUGAGGGGCAGUAAGGAGGGAAGCAAUGGAGCCCUUCAUCUCAUGAGAUCACUGAUCCAACCGGCUGACAAAACUAUGUUCGAGCUCCUGGUUGAUGAUGGACGCUUCAAGGUUUUCUUGUCGCUGAUGGAAACAGCAGGUCUGGAUGAGCUGCUAAAGCAGAAAGGCUCCUACACCGUCUUUGCACCAACUGAUGAUGCCUUUGAGGCCCUUACCAAAAAGGACAUAGCUUUGCUCAAAGGUGAUCUGAAUGCUUUGAGAACUAUUCUUCUCUACCACUUCAGUGACUGGAUCCUCAUCAAUGGAGGAUUAGAGCGAGGAGUUACCAAUCUGCUCACAUCCCUGCAAGGCAACAACCUGCAAGUUAAAUCUGUAAACAAUUCCAUCUACAUAAACUCAGUAGAGGUGCCAGAAGGUGAUCGGAUGGCCACAAACGGUGUGGUUCAUGUUGUGAAGAAUGUCCUGUAUCCUGCUGAGCUUCCUGUGGGCCGGCAGGACCUGUUGGCAGUGCUGACUAAACUCAUUAAGUACAUCCAGAUAAAGUUUGUUUCUGGAUAUUCAUAUGUUGAAAUUCCACUCUCUUUUUUUAAAAAAACCAUCACAACCACCAUUGUUGAAGUCCCUCAGUCUACAAAAAUGAUCAGAGUCGUUGAACAACCAUCCGUUACGACGUUUACUAAGAUUGUUGAGGGGCAGCCAACCAUAACCAAGGUAACAGAAGUCAUUGAAACAGAACCAUCCGUGUCAAGGGUGGUUGUGGCGGGCGAGUCUACAAGAACCAAAGUGACUCGUGUCAUUGAGGGUCAGCCUUCCCCCAAAAAAGUAACCAGAGUCAUCGAUCGGAAACCGACCAUCACCAAAGUUACUCGAGUUAUUAGUGGGGCAAGUACAGACGGUGAGAGAGAGAUGAGCACAGAAACAGGUGUAUCCAAAUCCACGGUGAUAGAACCUCAGAUCAUUAAGGGACCAGAUUUCUCCAAGUUCACCAACUUCCGAGACAACCCAGCCCUGGUCAAUGAGGAAUCAGAGAGAAUUACCAAACUCAUUCAAGCGGGACGCGGUGGAUUUGCUGCUGCCAAUAGAGUGCCAGCUGGGAUGAGAAGAGCAAGGCUGGUCAGGCGUCAUCACAAGCCAACGGAGUGAAACCAAGAGAUGGAAAACACGUGUGAACCCGUCGCAGAACCUGACUGCAUCUCCGGUGCUCCUGGUUGAGUGCUGGUGGUUUUAAAAGUUGUGGACUAAAAGAGAUUGAAUAAAACCAUCUUGUUAUUUCUUUGUCUUUACUUCAUCUAAGCCAUAGUGUGUGUGAAAAGCAUGGAGUCUUAUGAAGUUUUAAUGGCAUUAAAAUACCUUCAUGUCAGUAAUGUGCAAGCUAGAAAAGUAUUUUGUGGUCAGAUAAACUGGGGUGAAAAUUGAUUUAUUUUUAAAAUGAGUCAAUUUGGGAAAAGACUAACUCAGAAAGACAUGUAAACACUAGAUUCAUCUGGAUGAUUGGAACAGAACAUGUUCUAAAUGCCUCUAAAUUAUCACAUGCUAAUGAAAGCUAAAACGACACGUUGUUUUGUUGGUGACGGCUUUAGCUAUUUGAAACUGUUUUGUUAUUUGCCUUUGCAUGUCUGAUUCAUAUAUGUCUAAUGCAACUUAACAAUGAGGUUCAAUAAAGGUGCUAAAUAAAUGUGUAAA